GUGUAGUCCCGCCGCGCGGCCGCGCCGGAAGUGCCCGCGGGGGAGGCGGGGGGGGGACGCUCCCGCCGAGGCGGCGGUUGCCGGGCAGCGGCGGGGCGCCAUGGGGCAGAGGAGGCCGAAGGCGCUCGCCGCCAAGGCCGGGGGGUCCCAGCGGAGGAGAGGUGCCGGCGACGCCCCCGCUCCCCUCAGCCUGCCGCCGCUGGUGCGGGGCCCGCCGCGCUGCUUCCUCCGCUGCACCGUGGGCCGGGUGCUGUGGGCGCUCCCCGAGCCGCCCGCCGCCGCCCUCGUCCGCCUCAGGUGGUGGGGGGAGACGUCGGACGGGACCCUGCUGCAGCCGCCGGCCGCCGCCGAGCCGGAGCAGCGAGCGGCGGGGGCCACGGCCCGCUACGCCGUCCGCUGCGGGCCCCGGCAGCUCGCCGCCUACCUCACAGAUAUGGGUGUGCUUGUCCUAGAAGUAAUGACCAGACGUGACCAUCUCCCCAUUGGCACAGUGCAAAUUGCUGGCCUUUCCCAGCUCUCUCCCAGCCAUCCCAUCAGCGGAUUUUUCGCCAUAGUUUCACCAACGUCUGAUAAACUCGGAGAGCUGCAGGUCUCGCUGGUUUUAGAACCUCUGCCUGAAAUGUAUGACACCAGCAGCUCUAUCCCAACGACAGAUGCAAGUUUAGAUGUCGCUCCUUCCACCCAGGGAAGCAGCAAGCCCCAGCUUCUUGCUCCAUCACAGCAAUCCAGCCAAAGAGGGGUGACUGCUGCUGGCCAAGAGUCUCUUAACAAUAGCAGAGCCACAACUCCCAGAGGAAAAGACCAUUUGUUCUUUCAAGAGGAUUCUGAAAACAUAAAGGAUAUUUAUUCUGCUUCUCGCCACCAUCUGAUUUUACCGGAUGAACAUUUAAAAGCGAAUCCUUCAAAUCAGCAAGCGUCAUUUCCCACAAGCGCUGAUCCUGAAACACCUGCUAGAACAAACAUGCGGGUGCUAUCUUUGCAUAACCCGACUACAAAAGACCUGCUUUCAGCUCUUUUAGAUCAAGGCAAUAAACUCCGUGAUGCCAUGGUUGUUUCUGCAAUGAAAUCUACCCCAGACAUGGAGAUUGAACUGAAUGAAGUGCUUCCUUCCAUAAGAACAGAUGGUUUCAAAGCAAAAACAAAGAGCCCCAAAAGCUUGAACUCAAAUUUUGUGUCCACUGCUGAAGAUCCCCAUCUCUCCUCACCCGAAGUCUCAGGUCAGCAAUUUGACCUGAGCUCUGAAGAGAGAGCAAUACAGUUACUGUUGGGCAGUGUUGAUUUAUCUCCUGUGCAUCUCUGGGAUAAGACAGGUUCCCUUCUGGAUUCUCUCUCUGUUGGGAAUGAGGUGUAUGACAGUGAACUCAACGAUCCCCAUUACGACCAGAGUCUGCUGGAGAAUCUUUUUUACACAGGUCCUAAAUCUGAUUCCAGUUUAAGUGAUUUCUUCAGUGAUGAUGAUGAUGUUAACUCUUCCAAAAAGGUAACCAAGACAAAAACUCUCAAGAAGGCUGAUCCUACAAAACUUCAGAGUCCACAGAAGGAAUCUAGCGCCUGUGAUGGGGAGGUGAAGGAGACAGAAAUUAAACUCAGCUGCUCUCCUACUAGACAACUUGCUUCUUCAGAAGCUCGUACAAAAGAAGCUUGUCUCACAUCCUUGAGUGUAGAUCGGCUGGCACUGCUGGGGCGAAUACACCUAGCCAGAGUCAUCAUUGAAAGCUUGAAAAUCCCUCCUGAGAGCACCCAGAUUACACCAGGAAAGAAAAACUUAAUUGGGAAGCCUCCAAGACCUGCAUCAGUUAAAAAGUGUACCUUCUUUGUUGAGUACCACUUUCCUAUGGGAGCCUCCAAGGAUGAAAAAGGACAGGUCUCCAUAACAACAGAAGUAAUUCGAAUAGCUUCAAGUAAAAUCACAGGCGAUGCGGUAAAAUUUCAACAGCGGUUUGUGUUCCCUGUUCAUUUUGGUGGAACGAUGAUAGAGCACUGGUGGAGCUCUGCCCUUGCUUUUAAAAUCUACAUGAGAAAAAGCACACAGAAAAAGCCAGUGGCCGUUGGCUCAGCAGUCCUUCAGUUGUGCAAGGUUAUUCAGUCUGAGCAGCUCACUGUCAGCUGUGAAAUACCUGUGGAAGAAGAAGGAGGUCAGACGCAAGUUGGACCACUUAAGGUAUCGUUAGAGCUUGCAGUUGACAACAAGGACUUUGCCUGCACCUCUGCCCGGUCAGCUGUGGCUGUGCAGCGAGUCCCAGCUCAUGCCGUAAGAAGUCCCCGGCUGGAGCUCCAGGAACCCGAGAGGGUUAAUGUAGAUGCAGCAAGCCCUUGCAGUUUGAAAUUUAGCAAUCCUGAAGACUCCCAGAAGACAGGAGCGGCAAACACAAAGGUUGUGCAGCUACCACAGGCCGUAGCGACCUCUGUGUCCCGUAAUCUGAUGGCACAAAUAACUGCAUCUGAACAGGAUGGGCUAUUACUGCAUGUGCUGUUGAUGGUGCCUGCUGGAAAAGGUUUUGUCAGUGGAGAAUAUGGCUUCCAUGGUUCUUGUAAUGUGUAUUUAAACUGCAAACUGCUCAGCACAGAGGAGGCAACGAGAUCUGCUGUUGUAUGGGGUACAACACAACCUGCCUUUAACUUUUCUCAGGUGAUGCCUUUUUCAUUGACUUCCAAACAUUUGGAGCGACUGAAGAACAACUUCAUGAUUAUUGAGGCAUGGAAUAAGAUGGGAAACCCUGGCUGCGACAAACUGCUAGGAUUAGUGAAGCUUCCUCUGCAUCAGUUUUACAUGUCAUUCAAAGAUCCAAAGAUAUGCCGCCUGCUGCUUCAAGCUCAGUAUCCAGUGGUUGCUGUGGACAGCUAUAUGCCUGUGAUAGAUGUUUUUACCGGCAGUAAAAGUGGAAGCCUGAGGGUCAUUCUGGCUAUGGGGUCAGCUGAUCAAAUAGUGGCACUGCAGAGGCUGAAGAACGAAGAAGGAAUGGUACCUCCCAUCACGCAGCGCCCUGCCCACUCUCUGGAUCCUCCUCCUGCAGAGCCCACGACGCAGUUAGAUAGAGAAGGGGAAGAACUGAUGGAGCACGUGUUUGAGAUCCAAGUGGAAAGCGUGAAAGGACUCACUCCCUUACAGUCCACAGUCUGGGGAGAGGCUGACUGCUACAUACAGUACCAUUUCCCAGUGCAAGAGGCCAGCUGCGGUGCAUCACAAGGAACUGAACUGCAUGAGGAUGGUAUGAAGUUAAAGGCUUUUCGUACGGCGACUACAUUGUGCGUCCCUGAUCCCGUCUUUCAUGAUGAGCAUCAUCAUUCUUUGUUGGUUCCUGCCAAUGUCCCAGUCCAGAGACUCCUGGUCAGUGCAUUUAUGGCACCUGGAAUGUCUGGAGGAGGAAUCCAGUUUGAAGUCUGGUGCAGGUAUUAUUAUCCAAAUGUCAGAGACCAGAUGGUUGCCAAAGGGACCUUGCCUUUGUCACGGCUGUGUGCCAUGGUAACUAUGCAGCACCGUGAAGAAAUAGGGAUACAGACCUUUAAUCUUCCCUUGGUCCCAAGGACUGAUUCCUCAGAGAAAUUCCAACUGUGGUCAUCAGGGUUACUUGAUGUGAGCGUGAGAUACCAACGUUCCAUGAAAACAGCAGCUCGAGCUAUUUCUCUUUCUGUACAAAUACACAGAGCAGCUGGUUUGCAAGCAGCAGCCAGAGCUGUUGCAGAAAAGAACCCUUCCCUUCAGUACUAUGCAGGUGUGGGAGUUAACACCUACGUCUCUGUGCGCCCCUCUUUCCUACCAGAGAGGGAGAGGCGCAACACGCGAGCUGUGGCUCAUACUUUCUGCCCGGAGUUCAAGGACCACAUAGAGUUUCCUUGUAACCUCAUCGUUCAGAGAAGUAGUGGAGAAGCCUCUUCUCUGGGGGAACUCCUGCAGUCUGCCAGUAUCAUCUUCUCUAUCUACCAUCAGAGCAUCAAGUCAGCCACUGACACAUUGGCAACACAGACAUCAAGAGAUUAUCUUCUUGGGACAGUCACAGUUCCAACCAGAGACCUGCUGAGAAGAAGAUCAGGUAUUACGGGCUGGUACCCAGUUACCCUCUCUGAGGAUUUGGUGCCUUCCCAUUGCACAAACGUCAUGCAGACCAUUGUGGGAGGACUGGAGCUUUCGGUGACUUUUGCUCACCACGAUGACAGAGAGCGUGUUUUGGAGGCUGCUAAGCUUUUAGGCUGGAACAGCGAGGAAAACAACGAAGACAGUAUGGAUGAUAGUGACGAAUGGGAGCAGGGUGAGAAUCCAGCGAUCGUGACCAUUUCUACCCCGAGAGUGUGGCUGCCAGUCCACUGCGUGCUGCUCGCAGGCCAGACGCACCUGAAUAAAACUACUUACUGCUACCUCAGGUAUAAGCUGUAUAAUCAGGAAGCCACGUGGACUUUGCUUAAGAGACCAAAAUUGAGUGACGACAAAAAGAACGUUACAGCGAACUUUAAGAAACCACACAGGAUGACUCUCAGGAGGAGCCAAGGGCUGCACUGGUUCUUCAGAGAGGAGAAGUUGGAAAUCCAGGUGUGGUGGGCGUAUGGUAAAGAAAAUGGUGUGGAAAGACCACUUGAUACAGAUCGUCUUAUUGGAUCUGCCUACGUCGACCUCACAGCAUUGGCGGAGAGGUCAAGGAAAACGCUAAGUGUUAGUGGGGUUUAUCCGUUGUUCAGAUGCAAUGCUGCAGACCUAGCAGGAGCUGCUGUUCGUGUUCAUAUUGCACUUUCUUCCACUUCUGCUGCCCUGACCAGCAGACUUCGCUGUGCUGAGGAAUGCAGCAGCAGUGAAGAUGAAGCCACAGAGAAAGCCCCGGAUGGGAACCAACAGGUCUCCGAAAAUCAGAGUCAGAAACUGGAUAUUGUGAAUUCAGAAGUCACCAAUGGGAAACCAUCUGAAGAAGACUUGGUGUCUCUGGAAAACACAGUUGCUGUCACUAUCCUCGUGGAAAGAGCAACGCAUCUAAGUUUAAAAGGGAGUCCUUUAACAGAACGUGGAGUGACAGCGCCUAGUAGCUAUGUAUCGUUUGCCGUCGCUGAUGCAGAUGCUCCAGUAACCACUUCAGUAGUAGAAAACACAGACUCCCCCGUCUGGGACUUUCAGCAACAAGCAAGAUUGUCCAAAGAACUUCUCUUGGAUCCACAGCAAACCUUGGUCUUCAAAGUGUGGCAUAAAGCAGAGACUGAGCGAGUGAUAGGAUUUGCAUCUGUGGACCUUUCUCCUCUUCUUUCUGGCUUCCAGCUAGUGUGCGGGUGGUACAACAUUACAGACUUCAGCGGACAGUGCCGAGGGCAGAUCAAAGUAGCGGUUUCCCCUCUUCAAAGUAUAAGUAACCUCAAAGAAGAAAGACAGGCGAGGAUCCGGACCCAGCCACCAAGUUCUUCAGUGAAGGUCAGCUUUGCAGCACUUCCUAGCAAUGCUGCAAGUUUUUCCAAGCAGAUGUCGAAUACCUUGUCGAAUGAAGUCGAUGUUCCUACUCGAGAGCACAGAAUUAGUACCCCUGGGACGCACACACCUCGUCAUGAAGAGCACAUGCAGAAUGUGCGCAGAUUUCAUGAAUCCUUGCAGCAAGCCGAAGGGAAUGCACCCUGGGCAGCAAAGAUGGACUCAUCACUGUCGUCACGGACUGCUCUUCUGUCUGCUCUCAGAAAAAACUUGAAUGAGCUGGAUGAGGUUCAAAAAUACUUCAACCAGAAGCUGACCAGGUCUUUUCCUGACUUCAGUUACGGUAACCCAUCCAAAUCAAGUCGUGAAGAGCAGGAGGGUGAUCGCCAAGGCUCGAUGAGCAGAGCCGUGGAUCCCAAGGGGUGUCAUCUUUUGGAAAAAUCUAGUGAGUUGGUGUCUCAGGUCAGCAGCCUAAUCAGUGACUUACAGACUAUAACUAAAAAUACUAAAGAAUCUUCUAAUGUGCAUCAAGACUCCAGCAGAAAGCUGGGUGCUGUGCACGUACCCAGCCAGAAAGAUGAAGAAGCCAGAAAUGAAGCAUAUCAAAUUCAGCUUGAGCUGGAAUCACCCAGUGUUUGCAGUGACGCACAGCAGCCGUACUCUUUGGGGAGAUCCAGGUUUGAAAGAGAGAUGUUGCAUGAAUUUCUAGACCAAGCUGUCCCUGAAGGCGAGCGUCAUUUGCCGACGAACCGUAUCCUGGAAGAUGAAGGUGCUUUUGCCAUCCAUUCACACAGUGAAGACGAGUAUGAAGAAGAUGUCAUAGAACCACGAACUCUUAAUGAAAUAACAACCGUAACGGACAAAACUAGUCCCUGGUCCAGUGUGAUAUCUGAAGCGGAGCCGAGUGCUGAUCAACAGCUCAUAGACAUGAGGCCUGACGAUCAGCACUGGGUGAAUAUAGACAGUUUGCGAAAAGGAAACAGCAGACGGAGCAGCACAUUGUCCAGCAUACCAGAAGGUGACAACCAAAGCGUGCUCACCACUCUCACCCCAUGCCUUAGCCCCCGUGCAGAAGAAGGCAGCGCUUGGGCAGUAACCGACGGCUUUAGCAGCUUGAGUAGUGGCACAGAAACAACUAAGAGGGAGUUUCAGCCUCCUUGUUUGUCAGAAGUGCACCAGACAGCUGAUGGCCCUGUAGCAAAUGGGACUUGUGAUUGGGAUAGAACAUUUGAAACUAAACAAAUAGAGCAAAAUGAAGAAUUUCAUGAAGCCUCCAAAGAAGCACUGGGGUUUCCAGGAGACAUUGCUUUGACCAAUUCAAAAACUAUGGAGAGCCAGGAGGAAAACAGUGAGGAUUUAGAUGGAGAUCAUCAAGGCGAGGAAGAAAGUGGUUCCGAUGAAAUGUGUGUGAAGCGUGUAUCUGCCCAGGCAGACUCUGAAGGAAGCAGUGGAAGCUUUUCUGAUGAGAGUCACGAAGACCCACUGGAAAAAUCUGUGAAACCAAAAAUUGUUUUAUCUGAUCCUGUUGUUCUUCCCAACUUUUUCCUUCCACCUCAGGAGUUGGAAGCCUCCAUACGAAUGCUCAGCAUUUCUUCUCAUCCUUCCACAGCUCUGAAGAGCGGAAGCGGGGCUGCGCUGGAGGGAAUUCCCUACCGGAGCCUGAACCGUCCCAGGCCAAACCUGGCCUCGGCCGAUCUCCCGGAGGAGGAAACCAGAAGGAUCGCCAGGAUAUUCUCUGCUCGGCUGUCCAUGAAGGAGUAGGUCCGCGCACGUCCAUCAACAGAGGCUGCUUGCCGGCCGCUGCUUACGCCCGACACAGGCCGACACCGGCUCCUCCGGCGCAGACGAGAUGGCGUUAGCAGGUUUCCCUCUCCGAUUUUUAAUUUGCCUAAUUGGUGUGUAUUUAAAGGGAGUUAAAUCCCAGGGGCCAACCAAGGGACCAGCCCCCACGGGAAGCUGAGGGGGCUGCGAGUCUUGCAAGGCCGGUCGCCGGCGAGACUCAGAUCAGUGGGCUGUUUUCUGGUCUUCGGGUACGCAGGGAAAAUGGGAUUUCUGAGAUUUAUUUGUGUGAAAUGUCUCUAAUCACCUUUUUAAUAAGCUGGGGAAACACGAGGCACCCCAUUUGGGGGCUGCUUCUUUUUCUUGAAGCCAGGGAUGGAAAAUAUUAGGAAUUUACCACUCUGCGGUGAGACAGAAGACGGUUGCUUUGCUGCCUGCGUGUGCUGCACCCCUUUCCGUGUGCCCUGGUCUUUCUAAAAUACGUUGUGGGAAGCGUAACUUGCUGAUUCUCUGAGUGCUGAAGGCUUGAACGUGCCUGAGCUGCUUGUGUGAGCACAACCUGGGGGUAGUGUAAAAUAUCAGUGUGUGCACAAAGUGGUUUUACCAGAAAUGUGUGCUUUUGUAUUGUAAAUUAUUUUUGUACAUGGGUAUCUUUCAGAUAACGGACUACAAAGCAAACCGAGCUAAGUUAUUUUUGUACCGCUGUCCAAACGCUGUUUGUGUUCCAAUAAAAUUACACCCGUUUCUUGUCA